AUGGCCUGGCCAGAUGCGGCAGGUUUGCUGCUCAGCGCUGCCGCCGCCACUGGAGAAGGCUCCGUGCAGCAGCUACAGAGACAGCAGCAGCAGCAGCAGCAGCAGCAAGAGCAGCCCCGACAGCAGCAGCAGCAGCAGCAGCAGCAGCAGCAGCAGCAGCAGCAGCAGCAGCAGCAGCAGCAGCAGCAGCAGCAGCCGCGAGAGCAGCAGCAGGAGCAGCAGCAUCUCCAGUCCCGCUGCGCCCCCAGAGCCGCGGCCGCCGCAACAGCCGCAGCCCCGCAACCCCGCAGCCCGGAGAGCCGCCGCCCGCUCCCGAGCCGCAGCCGCCGGCGGCAUGAGGCGCGACCCGGCCCCCGGCUUCUCUAUGCUGCUCUUUGGUGUGUCUCUUGCCUGCUACUCGCCUAGCCUCAAGUCCGUGCAGGACCAGGCGUACAAGGCACCCGUGGUGGUGGAGGGCAAGGUACAGGGGCUGGCCCCGGCUGGCGGAUCCAGCUCCAAUAGCACCCGUGAGCCGCCUGCCUCGGGUCGAGUGGCGCUGGUGAAGGUGCUGGACAAGUGGCCGCUCCGGAGCGGGGGGCUGCAGCGAGAGCAGGUGAUCAGCGUGGGCUCCUGUGCGCCGCUCGAAAGGAACCAACGCUACAUCUUUUUCCUGGAGCCCACGGAGCAGCCCUUAGUCUUUAAGACGGCCUUUGCUCCCCUCGACACCAACGGCAAAAACCUCAAGAAAGAGGUGGGCAAGAUCCUGUGCACUGACUGCGCCACCCGGCCCAAGCUGAAGAAGAUGAAGAGUCAGACGGGACAGGUGGGGGAGAAGCAAUCGCUGAAGUGUGAGGCAGUGGCCGGUAACCCCCUGCCCUCCUACCGCUGGUUCAAAGAUGGCAAGGAGCUAAACCGCACCCGCGACAUUCGCAUCAAGUACGGCAAUGGCAGAAAGAACUCACGGCUACAGUUCAACAAGGUGAAGGUGGAGGAUGCAGGGGAGUACGUCUGCGAGGCGGAGAACAUCCUGGGGAAGGACACAGCCCGAGGCCGCCUCUAUGUCAACAGUGUGAGCACCACUCUGUCGUCUUGGUCGGGACACGCCCGGAAGUGCAACGAGACCGCCAAGUCCUAUUGUGUCAAUGGAGGCGUCUGCUACUACAUUGAGGGCAUCAACCAGCUCUCCUGCAAAUGUCCAAACGGAUUCUUCGGACAGAGAUGUUUGGAGAAACUGCCUUUGCGAUUGUACAUGCCAGAUCCUAAGCAAAAAGCCGAGGAGCUGUACCAGAAGAGGGUGCUGACCAUCACUGGCAUCUGUGUGGCUCUGCUGGUUGUGGGCAUCGUCUGCGUGGUCGCCUACUGCAAAACCAAAAAACAGCGGAAGCAGAUGCACAGUCACCUCCGGCAGAACAUGUGUCCAGCCCAUCAGAACCGGAGCCUGGCCAAUGGGCCCAGCCACCCCCGGCUGGACCCGGAGGAAAUCCAGAUGGCAGAUUAUAUCUCCAAGAACGUGCCGGCCACAGACCACGUCAUCCGCAGGGAAACUGAGACCACCUUCUCCGGGAGCCACUCCUGUUCUCCGUCUCACCACUGCUCCACAGCCACACCCACUUCCAGCCACAGGCACGAGAGCCACACAUGGAGCCUGGAACGUUCUGAGAGCCUAACCUCCGACUCCCAGUCAGGCAUCAUACUGUCAUCAGUGGGCACCAGCAAGUGCAACAGCCCAGCAUGUGUGGAGGCCCGAGCACGGCGAGCGGCAGCCUACAGCCUGGAGGAGCAGCGCAGGACCACCGUGCCACCUUACCACGACUCCAUAGACUCCCUGCGAGACUCUCCACACAGCGAGAGGUAUGUGUCGGCCCUGACCACACCUGCGCGCCUCUCUCCGGUGGACUUCCACUACUCACUGGCCACGCAGGUGCCCACUUUCGAGAUCACGUCCCCCAACUCUGCGCACGCCGUGUCGCUGCCGCCGGCGGCGCCUAUCAGCUACCGCCUGGCGGAGCAGCAGCCGCUCCUGCGGCACCCCGCACCCCCGGGCCCGGAGGCCGGGCCCGGUGCCGACAUGCAGCGCAACUACGACAGCUACUACUACCCGGCGGUGGGGCCGGGGCCGCGGCGCGGCGCCUGCGCUCUGGGCGGCAGCCUGGGCAGCCUGCCCGCCAGCCCCUUCCGCAUCCCGGAGGACGACGAGUAUGAGACUACGCAGGAGUGCGCGCCUCCACCGCCGCCGCGCGCUCGCGGCGCGUCCCGCAGGACGUCGGCGGGGCCCCGGCGCUGGCGCCGCUCACGCCUCAACGGAGUGGUGGCACAGCGCGCACGCGCGGCGCGGGACUCCCAGUCUCUGAGCAGCGGUUCCGGAGGCUGCUCGGCCUCAGCUUCUGACGACGAGGACGACGCGGACGGGGCCCUGGCGGCAGAGAGCACGCCUUUCCUGGGCCUGCGCGCGGCGCACGAGGCGCUGCGCUCGGACUCGCCGCCGCUGUGCGGGGCGGCGGGGGACAGCAGGACUUACUACUCCCUGGAAAGCCACAGCACCCAGGCCAGCAGCAGACACAGCCGGGGGCCGCCCGCGCGGGCCAAGCAGGACUCAGGGCCCCUCUAGGGCCCGCCCUCCCCACUCCCCCGUCUUUAAGGAGAAGGGAGACCACUGACUGGAGAAAGGAGGAGAAAAAGAAAUAAAAAAUAUUUUUAUUUUCUAUAAAAGGAAAAAAGUAUAACAAAAUGUUUUAUUUUCAUUUUAGCAAAAAUUGUCUUAUAAUACUAGCUAACGGCAAAGACGUUUUUAUAGGGAAACUAUUUAUAUGUAACAUCCUGAUUUACAGCUUCAGAAAAAAAAAAGAAACAACAAAAAAAAAGAGAGAUGGGCCAAUUUUUUGACUCUUUAAUAGAAACCUAUAUUGUGGUGCCUUUUGCUGUACGCUAAUCUGGAGC